AUGGUUGAUCCGGGAACAAAAUCUCUUUUGGAGUAUGGUAUUCCGGAUACAACAACCGAAUUUCUCUCCAGUAUUGUUAGACCACCUGUCACUGCUCAGAGUUUUGAGUUGAAGCCCCAAUUCAUACAGUUCAUCUCCAAUGAUUCUUUUGCGGGCUCAUCGAAUGAUUGCCCUGUGACUCACAUUGAUAGUUUCCUGGAGAAGUGUGACACUAUGAAGCUCAAUGGUGUCACUGAUGAUGCUAUUAGACUAUGCCUUUUCCCUUUUUCACUACGAGAUAGAGCCAGGGAGUGGUUACGGGAUGAAGGUAUUGGUUCUUUUGAUACGUGGGACAAGCUUGCCAAGGCCUUUCUAGUCAAAUUCUUAGGGCAAGAGAAACCCGCAAAAUUAAGGAACGAGCUAUCUACUUUCCAUCAAUCCAAUGACGAAUCCCUAUAUGAGGCAUGGAGAAGAUUUAAGCGAUUGCAAAGACAAUGCCCUCACCAUGGUAUUCCAGAGUGGAUGUUGAUCCAAACAUUCUAUAAUGGUUUGACCCAUGAGUUUCGCAUAUACAUUGACGCUGCGUCCGGAGGUUCUAUCAUGAUGAAGAACCCAACCGAUGCUAAGGAUUUGAUUGAGAAGAUGGAGGCUAAUGAUAAUUACCAUCCAAGGGGACGAAAUGCUAUCAACAUAGGUUCUACCUCCCAAAUUCAACAACAAGAGCUUAUAUCAAAGCAAUUUGAGCUACAAGCAAAGCAAAAUGAGUACUUUGAAAACUCAAUCCAAUUGCUCACUGCUCAAAAUAAGAGGAUAAAGACUCAUCUUUCUCAACUUUCACAGCAAAGGGAUGAAUUGUUUACGGGUGGAUUAGAAGAGAAAGUGUGCAAUGUGGAGUCAAGAAUAGAGAAGCAUGAGAGAGAAGGUCCCAAAUAUGUUUCUCCACAAGCAUAUGAGGAGCCGAUGCCUUUCCCGCAAAGGUUAUCAAAAGUUGUGCUCGAUAAGCAUUUAGGGAAGUAUUCCGAGACUCUUAAGAAGGUAUAUGCUACCAUUCCUUUUUCCGAUCUUGUAGUUCAAAUGCCUCAAUUUGCAAAUUUUGUGAAAGAAAUUCUAGAUCAUGAUCAUAAUGAUAAGAAAUUAGAAAGUUUGGUAGUAAAGGAGAAAUGUCCUUAUCUUUUACAUGAUAGCUUACCACCUAAAUUGCAUGAUCUUGGUAGUUUUACUAUCCCUUGUAUGAUAAACAAACCAUAUUUUGAUAGGGUCUUGUGUGAUCUGGGUGCUAGUGUUAACUUAAUGCCUUCUGCAGUGUAUGACAAAUUAGGUUUGAAAAACCUUAAACCCUCUCCUAUAUCUCUUCAUAUGGCUGAUAGAACUGUUAGACUCCCUAAGGGUGUAGUUGAAGAUGUAUUAGUUGGGAUUGGUGAACUUGUUUUUCCUGUUGACUUUGUUGCAGUGGAUAUGAAAGAAGACCAUAAGAUCCCACUCAUCUUUGGUCGCCCUUUUCUUGCUACAAGUCAAGCUCUAAUAGAUGUUCCUAAAGGACAAGUGACCAUAAGAGCUCAAGAUAAACAAGUUGUGUUUAAGCUUUUCAAUGACCAUAAUUUUACUUUCGAUGGUGGUACUUGUUUGAGAAUCGAUGCUACUAACCCUUUGGUUGAUAAGUGUGUUUCUAAUAGAAAUCUUGUGAGAAAAAAGGACAAUAUUCCACCACAUGAUGGGUUUAGCUACAUCAAAGUAAAUUCGGAUACAAGGCUCAUCAACUCUAAUUUGAAAGAGUCAUUUGGAGGUGAAUAUAUUAAUGAACAAUACCAUGGAGUAUCUUAUUGUCUUGGGGAUAUGUUGCGAUGUUAUUUUGAGGGUGGUCCCAGCUCCGCCCUUAGGAUGAACGAGACUAAUUUGGAUGGUCACGAGAGUUUGUUAAGGUGGAAGAGUGAUGAUACCAGUGUCCGCCCUGCAGGGCAAAGGAAGGAGAAGAGAAGAGCAAAGUAG